CCAGGGCGAUGCCGUGAGGCGGCGGGGCCUGCGGAGCCAGCGGGCCCGGCUCUCCGCGCUCAUAUGCCCCGUCCCCCGGCGGCCGCCUGCCCCUCCUGCUCCAUGUGGGGUCCGGGCAGGGCUCUCGGCUUCUCCUCCUCCUCCUCCUCCUCUUCCUUCUCCUUCUUCUGCUAUGGCCCGGAAAACAGUUAGCAGGAAGCGGAAAGCGGCGGCGGCCGCUGCCGCGGGGCUCCAAGGGGAGCAGUAUGAGUGGGAUCACCCGGUUCCCAAAAGGAAAAGACUCCCCCCGGUUAAGAGGUCUCUGGUGUACUACCUGAAAGGCAGAGAGGUUAAGUUGCAGAGUGAGUCCAGCUAUCGCCGCUUGUUGCACGGAUACGCAGCCCAGCAGCUUCCCAGCCUCCUGAAGGAGAAGGAAUUCCACCUCGGAACCCUGAAUAAAGUGUUUGCCUCCCAGUGGCUGAACCACCGACAAGUGGUGUGUGGGACAAAAUGCAACACAUUAUUUGUAGUAGAUGUCCAGACUGGUCAAAUUACCAAGAUUCCUAUUCUGAAGGAUCGUGAGCCUGGCAUGGUGAACCAGCAGGGGUGUGGUAUUCAUGCCAUUGAGCUCAACCCCUCGAGGACCCUUCUGGCCACAGGUGGAGACAACCCCAACAGUCUUGCCAUUUAUCGUCUGCCUACACUCGAUCCUGUUUGUGUAGGAGAUGAUGGACAUAAGGACUGGAUAUUUUCAAUUGCUUGGAUCAGUGAUACUAUGGCUGUUUCUGGUUCCCGGGAUGGUUCAAUGGGUCUCUGGGAAGUCACGGAGGAUGUAUUGUCCAAAAGUGAUGCCAGGCACAAUCUCUCCCAAGUUCCUGUCUAUGCCCACAUAACACACAGGGCUCUGAAGGAUAUCCCCAAGGAGAACACCAAUCCUGACAACUGCAAAGUCCGAGCAUUGGCUUUCAACAAUAAGAACAAGGAGCUGGGAGCUGUGUCCCUAGAUGGAUAUUUUCAUCUUUGGAAAGCAGAGCACACACUAUCAAAGUUACUUUCCACGAAGUUGCCAUACUGCAGGGAGAACGUGUGUUUGGCUUAUGGUCAGGAGUGGUCAGUGUAUGCAGUAGGAUCACAGGCACAUGUCUCCUUUCUGGAUCCAAGGCAGCCUCCUCACAAUGUGAAAUCUGUCUGUUCCAAAGAACGGGGCAGUGGUAUUCGGUCGGUGAGCUUCUACGAGCACAUCAUCACGGUGGGAACAGGACAAGGCUCUUUACUGUUCUAUGAUAUCAGAGCCCAGAGGUUCCUGGAGGAAAAGCCCCCGCGUGUCUGCUGUGGACAGAAGCAGAAGUUAGGAGGAAGUGAAAUUUUGAAGCUGACUACUGGCAAAGGCUGGCUGAAUCAUGAUGAAACCUGGAGGAAUUAUUUUUCUGACAUAAAUUUCUUCCCAAAUGCUGUUUACACCCACUGCUAUGACUCGUCUGGAACGAAACUCUUUGUGGCAGGAGGCCCCCUUCCAUCAGGACUACAUGGGAAUUACGCUGGUCUCUGGAGCUAAUGAUAACUCUUUAUAAAUGCUGAUCUUUACAGAGAUUUCCACUUUUUUUUUUUAACAACAAAAUUGUGUGAUGCCAUUGAUUUCUGGUUUAAAUGCAAGUUAUUUUUUGGCAGAGUUUUCUGUUGGUCUCCAACAGUUUUGUACACCUUUUUGAACCAGUUUUUUGCUUUAACCUCCUUGAUCCUUUGUAUGAAGGGUUUUUGAAAUCCUGUUUUGUUGUAAUUACUCCAAAUGACUCUUUCCCCACAUUUAGGCUAUCUUGGCCAUGUGCACCCUCCCCUACUUUGAUGUGAGGUAGGAUUCCUUUCUUAUAGAGUGGUUGCUCCUGGGCUUUCUGUGAAAGUCUAGGGGCUGCGUGUGUGCAGGUACUUUGUGUCAGUUACAUUACCUGGAGUGAGGACUACUUGUAAUUAAAAAAAAUAUUAAAAAAUAUUUAUAAGAGAUAAGCUACUACUUUAUCUGCAGAGCCUGGCCCUGGCCUGGGUUGAUCUUAUUUUUUAAAAGUACAAGUCUAAUGACACUGUUUAUACAUAGAGGAAUACAUUAAUUUUAAUCUUUACUCACUGGAGCCCAGGGAUGGAUUCCCCAGAGUACUGCCCAUCAAGUCCAAACUGUAGAAGAGCAGGAGUUCUCAAACGUGCAUUUUUAUUUGAAUUGUUUUCAGCAGUGCCAGGAGCAAAAAUUUGUUCUGUUCCUCCCCUGCCUGUCCCAGUUAUCAGCUUGCACAACUGGAGCUUGCCUAGACUAGGUGGCUGUUGCAGGGUGACUUUUCAUUGAGGGCCUGCAGAGGUGCUGAGAAGAAAUGGGGGCUAGGGACACUAGUGUUCUUAUUAUUCAAAAUUAACUAAAUCCAUACAUUUUCCACAUGAGCCAAGGUUCUCAAGUACGCUGCAAUAGUUAGCUCAUGGAUUCUUAAUAAAUUGCCUAAAACCCAGGACCUUUUUGUCCCAGGUUGUGGGAACUUUUCCCAUUUUAGUUGUUCUGGUUUGGCAUCUCCUUUAAUAAGCCAAUGGAAUAAAUAAAUAAACUUGUUUUUUUUCUCCAAGGUUGAAGAGUGCAUCUCAGACUUGCCUAAUGCAAAGCUAGAGGCUUUCUGUGUAGCAAGAUGCUGUUAGCUCAUGUUGUGCUAGCAUCUGCAGUCAUCCUGCUUGCUACAGGAGAGGUUCAGCCUGUCCCCAAAUCCCCUUCUGUCUUCUGCAUUCAAACUUCAUGUGGCAAGGGUUAGCAGGUGGGGAGAAUAGGUCAGAUGCCCUUCAGAUCCAGCCCUGAAGCAUGUGCAAUUCCAGGGUGAUAGUCUUACCUAAUACUCAGCUAAAAUGAAGGACUCCAGGGUGCUCCUCCUAGCUUUUUGGCAGGCACCAAACUCCUAGCUUGUUGCUGAUGCCUCUGUCCUUGGCUAGGAUGAAUGCCUUUACUCUGCCUGUGUCACUGGUGGAGCAGAGCAUGCCUGUACCUUGCUGCUUUGGUGCCAAAUGGGCAGUUGGUUGAAGCUGAGAAGAAAGACAAGGCCGGGACAUGCUCAGUUCUCCAGUCUCUGCUGGAGAUCACAGCCAGCACUGCACAGUUGCUCUAGGCCCUUACACAGUUCCUGCCAGACUGCCUAGAGCUAGUCUGCAUGUGUUCUUGCUGUCUUGUCCUCUUCGUACUUAAUAUCUUCAUUAGUACAAGACAAGCAGUGAGCCUCAAGCUUAAUUUUCAGUUGGUAGUGGAGGCUUGGAUGGAAGUCCUGCAAGAAAUGCCAUUCCCUCUCUGGCAAGAGAAGAGUUCCCAGAUGUGUACUUGUACCAGAAGUGUAAUUUACCUACACUGAGAACUGACACGAGUACUUCACAAAUCUUGUGGCAUUUCAUAAUUAUACUUCCCUCGUGGGUUAGUUGCUUAAACUUAAGUUCAUGGCACAGUGUGUGUGGCUCUUCAGACUCUCCUCUGAUAAGGGGCAAAUUAUAUACCAUGGGGUAUCAAAGGAGCACUCAAGUUUUAUUUAGAAUUGUUAGUUGUGAGGGUUUUUUAAGAUACAGUAAUGAUGCCUGUGUUGUUCUAUGAUGGCAACAUCCUUCUUCGUUUAUUUUAGGGAUUUCAAAAAGUAUACAGAGAAAAAUGUGUAUUUCUAGGAUUACUCCUCCAGCUCUGUCACAGCAAACAUGUCAUGUUCUGUUUUCUAUUAGGGCUUGGUUUGAAGUGCAGGUUUUUUCACUUUUUUUUUGAUUUUUUGGUUUAAGAAACUAGACACUUGAGUAAACCUGAGAGUCCUUCAGUUCUGCUGAAAAAACAGUUUCUAGUUAGGCACCUAGUGUCACCAGUGUCGAAGGAGAACUCCUGGUUUGGAAAUCCUAGCCCUGAUGUUGAUCUAUUAAUUGAAACAUACUUCAGGUCUGGAUGAGGGCACAAAAAGGAUAUUUGUAUGGACUGAGCUUCAGCCUCCAAACAGAGCCUGAUCAUUCUGUACAGUCAGCAGAAUCUCUAGGUUUCUGACUUGGCCACCUUCUCCCUCUGACUGAUCUCCCCAAGUACCUCAGUGUGUGGUCCUGGUAGUGUCAGUGCCCUUUAUUUAUGUAUUUUAUUUUAUUUUUUGAUAGGAAGCUUUGGACUUUUUUAGAAGAAUGGACAAUGAUGUAAAAUUCCUGAAGUCCCACAUACUUCUACAUAUUCUGUUUUCAGGGUGCUUUCUUGCAAAAAUAACUUAUUAUGGGGAGGGAGCCAUCCUUGUUGCUAUAUGGAAAUUGACCCAAAAAACUGGAAAUAAAGUGGGCGGUGCUGCAAGGAUGCAAACAAACUGGGCAAGAUAAUUUCUAGCCUGCUUCAGUUGUUUAAAUGCUUGUAGUGAUAAGAUGUUUCAGAACAUUUAGUUGUUUGUCAUAUCUCACUUUUGGUCCUGUCAGUUUUAAAAAUUGAAGCAGAGCAGGGUGGUGGCAUGACAACUGUUCAAAGAUAAGUGAAAUCCAGGUUUUCUUAAUUGAUUUGAUUCUGUUGCCCUUUUGGGAUAGGGAACCUCUGGGCUUCACAUGGAGGUGAGUUGGGUGCACCCUCUUGUUCAAGUGGCAGAUACACGCCUGUGAUGGAUGGAGUUCAGUCUGGUGGCAGCUCUUCAGUAGCUUUUUGGAUGGCUCACUGUGCUUUCCUGAGACCCAGUGCCACACACAUUUUCAGACAGUCUUACCUUCUCCAAAGUUUUUUUAAUUAUUGCUCCCUUGCUUUUUCACGUCCUUUCUGAAUGGUCUGUUUGGGGCUGCCUCCUCCACCCCAAAUCAUCCUAGUCUUUAUUGUAGCAACAUUAUACAUGCAGAGGUGACCUUCAUCAAGCAGAAAUGGGCUUGCUGGCGUUUUGCCAGCAAUGCUGGAGACCUUCAAUUUGGUUUAUUUUAAACUGGGUAGACCUUUGAUGCUGGCUCAGACUGUAGAACUGGGCAGUUGCCCUUGUGGGUUCUUGACUGAUGGGGUUACACAGGAAUGAUCUAUUCCUGGGGUGGGACAGACUGGUUUAUCUCACAUUAGGCACUUGAAAGAGAGAAAAUAACUUUCAAUUGUAGCAGACCUUUGGACUUUUCUUCCUGUAUUGAUUUUUCAGUCAUGUAGGAUCUUUUGUGCUACUGCUGAGUGCCUACACUAAUUUUACUGCUCACCUCUUUUCAGCAGACUACCAUGUUAGCUUGGGUAUCUUUGGGUAUUACAUUUUCAACAUUCAUAAUCACAGGUAAUCAAACUAGUGACUUAACAAUGGGUUUGGUAAUACCCACCUUGUAAGUACUGGGUUAUAACCCCUCAGUAACAACUGGGUGUAUGUGAUGGACAUUCCAAAGGAAGUAGAGGCUACUUUGUAGUGGUGGCAUGAGCAUAGCAAUGAAGGGUGGUGCUCACCCUCUUCACCCAACACCCAAUUCCUGGUAAUUCCUUCAGCUUUAUCCCUUGUACCGUCAAGUCAACCAUGGAGUAUUGCUGGUGCUCUCCUUGAGUGUUCUCUGGGAUUGAGGUGAAGAAGUGGGUUCAUUCAUUUGGUUCCCUCAUCAGUGCUGCUGGUGUUAGUCCAAGGUGACUAAAUUACCAAAGAAUAGUUAACGGGUGUUUGUUCCUACUCUCAAUUGUUGAUUUUCCAUAUACAUCCAUUUUUAAGAUUAAUUGCAAGAGUGCCCAGUGAUCUUACUGGACUUAGUGUGUCCACAAAGUUUACAUUCAUGUUGUGAGUGACUCUUGUGACUCCUUUAAUGACAGGGACCCUGAGCUUCACUAUGGGGAUAUAUUUGCUGCCUCUAUUUCAAGUCUUUUGGCAGCUUUUUGUAUUUUAAGGGUUAAGAUUCUUAUGUAUCUGUUACUCUUCUCCAGAAUUUAAUCCUCUUCCUUCACCUGAGUACUUGCUUUGUAUAUAGCUUGCAGCUGCAGAGUUAACAGAUUAAAGUUAUGAUCCAGCUAUGUGGAGUGGUGGUUUGGUGUCUUAAUUUCUGCCCCUCUGACCUUGUGAAUUUAUGUCCCUCACCUAUGCAGUUGUGGAAUAAAGCAGGCUUGCCUAGACCCUUCAUGGAGAUCACCUAUUUUGUUUGAUUGCAGGAAACCAAGGACAGGCUGUCUGUUGCUGCCUCUUGUCAGAACAGCAGCAUUUUCAGCAGCCAGGUGUUUGUGGUGGUCUGAUAACCUUAUUUUCCAUAAAUCCACUUUUCCAAGGUUUCUGAAAAGGUUCUUAAUUAGCUCUUGUCACAGUUUCUGCUGUGACUAAAUUACUGAGCUGGGGUACAGCUUGUUUCUGUGAACACUUUUGCAGAGCAGUGUGUGAUGCAAGUGGAGCUGGUUGGCCAGCCCAGUGCUGAGCCCUGGACUCCUGAGCUAGCCAGGCACACACUCCUUAGCUUAACACCAAAAGAAGAUCCACAUGUGCACCACUAGCCACCCCACAGCUAUGACCUCAACUCAAAAUGCAUUUCUGUGUGUUGCAGUGCCUUCAGUAACUUACUUGAAAGUCCCUGAAGCACAGACCCCAGGCAUCUGUCCAUGAGAGUGGAAAGGAGAAUAUAGCCACAUCUUAUCUGAAGGGAUCUCCUGCAUAUGAUCUCCCUUUCUCUGCAAGCAGGCACUUUGGUCUGUGGGGAGGAUGAGCAAGGAGGCACAAGAGAAGAGGUGAAAGCCCAGUAGUGUUUGUUACUGCUCUCCUGAGGAAUUCAAAAGCAGAGAGGGGAUACUUGUUCAUUGCUCAGGAUGUAGCUGUGAAAGAGUUUAAUCAGAAACAUUUUCAGAGAGAUCAAGUAGACACCCAUGUAAUUCUUGCUUCUCCAUGUUACAUUUCAAGGUUUUAAAUCAGGAGCUAUCUUUUUGUUUGUGAUCCUGGGUUUCUUUAUCAAAAUGAUGUGGUACUUUGCUAAUUAAAAGAAUGGUCUUGACAGAAUGGAAUCUUCCCCAUUAAAAAUUGAGGGCCAUUUUCUAGUAUUCUGCUGGAAGUGGUGUUGUCUAAGAAAGUGCAUACAGGUUGGCAGAGCUGAGAAGACAUGGGCUGCCUGACUGUUUCAGAACCCAAAACAACACCAAGUAAACUGCUUGAUUUUAUACAAACUCUGCUCAUUGGACUGAAGCAGUGUGUAAAAACCCUUGCAGCUUAGUGUGGUGUCUCUGUAGUCCUAUAUGUUGAUCAUUUGACCUCAGAACAAAAAUUUAGGAGCCAAUACAUUGUUUUCUUAGGAACUGCUUUUCUAGAUUCCCUUAUUGAAAGGGAAAAUUCAGGUGCUGAAUCUUAAAAUCUCAUUAAACUUGUACUUUUUAUUUGCCCAUUCAUCUGGUCUCCUUUCCUUUUCAAGGCCUCACACAGUCUCAGGGUAUAUAAAUCACUAUGACUCAUCCAAAUAAUAUGGAAAUGGACCAACCAGAGGUUAAUGUGCCUUCCUCUUCUGGUACCUUGAUCUUUGUGAAGUUAUCUCACAAAUUUGUCACUGUCUUAGGGCUGGGUACAUGCAUUGUCUUUUUCUAAGAUCUAUGUGUUGAAGUUGCAACAGGUUUGCAUUGUUACUCGUGACUUGUCCCAUUUGGUUUAGGACAUGGUGUGGACACAAAUCAAUGCACUGGUUUGUCUUCGGAUCAGUCUUACCUGAGAUACACAUCAGUGCUUGCUUGUAUGUUAAUGUGUACAUAAAUGCUGGAUCUUCCCCAUUGUCUAUGAUGUCCUUGUUGUAUAUGAUGCACAAACUAUACAAGGUGUUCUAAAAUGUGCAGUGAUCGCAACUUGUUGCCUGAGGGUACAAUGUCCUACAGUGAACUGUUUUUAAUAGUUUAUUUCCACAUAUAUUUAGUAAGAUCCAAAGCUGUGGGGAACAACAACAACAACAAAAAGAAUAAUCAGGACUUGCUGGUACUUGGUGGCUUUUGUUCUGAACCCAGGGUCUGAUGUUCAUUAACAACUCUUGCCAUUCCACACAUUUAACACAGACUUUCUCAGCUUGCUGUUUCUGUCCUGAGCUGUGUCAGAAACAGCACUGAAUCCUGAACUGUCACAGAACCUGUCCAGUGAGGUAGUGACAGAUCUCUUUGAAUGUUACAGUGCACAUUUUCAACUAUAAGAUAAAACUGUUGAAAAUUAUGGAUGCAGCUUGCAAAUGGAAGAGUGGGAAAGUACAGAUAGUAUGUGAAAACAGCCUGUCUGCACAUCAGGCUCCUUGUUCAGAGUUACCUUGUAAAUUGUUUCUCCUCUCUGAAAAGUGCUUUGCAUUUUUUAAUUUUUUUUUUCCAAUACAAAUACGUUACUUGUUUGGCUCUAUUUUCUGAAUUGGCAAAGGAUAUCUUUGUUCUUAAACUGAAGCUGACAUCUGAAAUUUGGGCUGAGUUUCCAUCUGUCGUGCAGAUAGCAGAGGACGGUGUGAUUGAUAAAAGAUGGCCCUUCCCAGCUGUAAGGUUAAUUUGAUGCAAACAGGAACACUUCUUCACUUGCUGUGGCCUUCUGUGGGCAUGCAUGUCCGUAAUGAACUGAAGUACAGCACUGCAUUUUGUUAAUCCAUGGGGCCACCUAAUCAGCAUGUUUAGUCACCAGAGUACUGACAUUAAUACAAGGUCAAGGAGCUCUAAUGUGUGUGUAUUUCCUGUGCUAACUGUAUCUGUUCUCUCUGUACCCCAGUGCAGACUUAAUCUGGACUUCUUCCCCUAGUUCUUGCUAACUUCAGAGUUUCCUCAAAUGCAUUAAGGUCCUGUUUUUAUCACAGUCACUUUUCAGAGUAGAACAGAUUGGUUUAACUUUGUUUUGUAGUCUUUAACACCUUCCCCUUCACCCAUUUCUUCCUAGUUCAACUUUAACAAUCAGUUCAAAGCUGCUUGCCUAGUCUGAAAAAUACCAAGUGAAAAUAAAAAUAAAACCUGUGCUUUUACAACUUCAGUGGCUGCCUUGGAAGUGGAGACUCCACUCCUGCACAGUCUACAGAAGCUGAAAUUCUCUUGCAUCUGUAUUUACGAUGGACGUCAGCAGAUCAGGAAGUGGAAGUGCCCUGUGUCUGCAUCAAGUGUGUUUGUUAAACUGAUCAGUGGUGCUGUAAUCAACCAGAGAACUGGUGUCUUUGGUUGCUGCUCAAUGCCAUAACUAAAGAUUUAAUUAAGAGCAAAACCAGGAGGGUGCAUCGCUGCCUUUCUGCUGACCAGAUCCCAUUUAAAGGCUUUCUCCACUGAUUUUUUUUUUUUUUGUCUAUUGUAUAUUUGGUGGAUCAUGAAAAAAACCUGUGCUAUAGUAGGGCUAUGAGCUAAACUCUAAUCCUGUGCUCAAAAGGCUGAAGUUAUUAUAAUGAGUUUUGGCCAGCAGUAAUGCCAGAGGCUGGUUUAUACUCAGAGAUGAGCUGUUAGUGAAGCAUUUGAGCAAUGGAAGCCUGGAGGGUUUGCUCCAUCAUGCCUUCCACUUAUGCAGCUGCAGAGUAGUUGCUCUCCAAAUCAGCAUGAACUGUACAUGCAGGGGCUGUAACUGGUCAGCUGGGAUUUACAGCUUCAGUUGGCUGCUCUGGUCUUCUCUCACAGUGCAGGUGUGAUUGUAGGAGCAUUAUGAAAAGGUCUGGUUAAGUAACUUCUAACAAGUUCUGUCACUCUUGUUCAAAAUGCUGUCUCCAUUCUCAGCCUUUCAUCAUUGCCUUGCUUCUCUCUUGCCAUCCUCUGCCCCUCAGAAGCUGAGCAAGUUCCAUGUCCUCUAUCAGUUUACUAGUUUAGGUACCAGUUCUGCAAAGCCCAGGAGCACUUGUUUAAGCCUUACUGCAGGUUACUGGUUUAGACAGUAGCUUGCUGAGUUAGGGCUUUGCUCGCAGUCUCUCUAAUCAUUAGACCUGUCCCUGGAUGUCUCUCUGGACUGGCUUCCCUCUUUCAGUCUGAAGGGCUUUGCUCCAAACUCAUUCCUGCUCCACAAAGGAGUUGAUUCCUCUACUGCUAGCUGUUUCAGUUUGCUGGCUUUUAUUUUUCUUGUUUAUUUUGGGGUUCACUGCACAUGUACAAAAUCCUAUUGACUUCCUCAGCUCUCCUGAAUGUGGAACAGGAGUCCACCCUGAGAGGCAGCAGAAUAACUUGUCUGCUUCCAAAAUGCACAGAAACAGGGAACCUUGACACAAACAAGUUUUUAUGAAGAAAAGCAGCUGCAUACACACACAUAAGUGGAAAGGUAUCUCUGGGUAGAACAGGUGAGGGAGCAAUUUAAGAAUUUUAAACAGAAGAACAGUAACUGAGUUUUUUGGUUUCUUUAAAAAAAAUUGCUUUAACAGGAGGUUUGUCUGUGUUCUAAUCCACAGAAAGUUGCAAUGUAAACUGGGGUUUUCUCUUCAUCAAUGCAAAAUGUGCCUCUCAACUAUAAUGCAAAAGUUAGUCUCUGUGUGAAGACUGAUUUAACUAAUUUCUUGCUCUUAAGUGUAAAAUCAUCCACACAACAGUCCUUGCUGGUCUUUCCCAAGCACCAUGCAGCACUAUCCCUAUUUAAGAGCAAAAUGGGGAUUGCAUAGAGCAGUGGAACCUGCUGGACUUCCUUGGUUUGAGAGAGACAUUGGAGAGAAGAAUCCAGGUUCCAUGUGUUUUAAAUACAACUUUAAACCAAUGCAGCUACUCUCUCAGAUCAGCACCACUUCCUACUUUUCCCUCCGUCUCGAUGGGAAUUCAAAAGUAAACCCAGCAAUAUGUGAUCCAGUUGACAUGCUUGCAGAUGGAACAUGGGGGUCUUGAAAUUUGAGGACUGAUAUUUCUCUUGUGGAAGAACUCCAGUAUGGGUGCAAGAGCAUGAAUCUCAGAUUACAGCUCUUCUGCCAGCUGCUAAAUGGAAUCAAGCACUCUGGACUCUUCUGAAGAAGACACUGGUAGAACAGCUGUGAAGAUGUAGGCUGGAACCGAUCAUUUUAGGUCAUCUUGUGUGUUGCUUGACUCCAUGGACAAUGUAACAGUGACUUUUACAGAUUUCUUUCCAUGUGUCAGUCACAAAUAUCUCUUAAUUUGCUGUUUGGAGGAAAACUGUUAAUAGAUAUAGUUCCAGAUGAAAUUGAAGAGCCUGAUUUUCCAUCUUGUGUUAACCGGGUUACUGUGCUCACAUGCCAGAAAGAUGUUGCUCUUUGAAAAAGCAUGUUAGUGUGUGUGGCAAUGACCCAUGCACUUUUUAAAUACCUAGAUCUGUACAUUCUCACCUGAGUGUCAUUAACCUUGCUGUAGUAUGACAAAUUGAUCUUUUACUACUGCCCUGUUAUAUAGAUAAUUGUAAUUAACUGCAGUUUGUUUUUUCCACUACUUGAAGUUGUGUGAUCUGAAAAUUGGUGAACAAAAAGUACUUGUGCAUCUUACUAUGGGUAUCUCAAAAUAAAAUGUAUUUGUAUAGUG